AUGGCAGAAUGGUCGAGACCGGGUAUUGUUGGGAAGGAUAUGAACCUCCCUCUUAAUAUACGUUAUGGUUUGACUAGGUUUCAACAUAUACAUGUCUUCUCCAAGCAAACAAUGAACAUGAAGAGUGGUGCAACACUUUCUGUUGGCAGAUUUGACAAGUUGCCUCAAGUUCUUGUUGUCGAUCUAAAGCUAGAAAUAAAGGAUGCUCAUGACCUUGAUAUUGAAAGGGUUCAGAAACUGAGGCACACCGUAAGUCUAUUCUGUAAUAUCCAGCUUCAUAGACGUAGCCACAACUUUGACGAUAACAAGCAGAACACUGGAAGUAAUCUUUAUAGUAUUCUUGUUCGCCAGGGACAAUUUUUAGCGUAA